GCUUGGGAGGUAAAGUUGUGGAACUUUCGGGGCCCUACUCUUGUGGGUCAGGGGCCUGCUUCUGGGUCCCGAUCACCACCUUCCACUGUCAGGAUUUCCUCGUUACCACAUGCAGUUAGCAACUUCCUUUCUCUUUUUGCCAGGGAGGUAAGAGCAGAGGGAGGCCCUGAGAAGGCCUGGGUUCCUUCAUCUCGUGGGGGACUGUGUCGUGGGAACUACUCGCGCCCAUCGCCAUCUGACACUUAGCUCCUCUUGGUGACUGGGGACUUUGACCCUCAUGUUAGCCUUGGCUCCUUCUCGCUGCGUCAGAAAGCGGGGACUAGCGGAGGGCCUGAGGUCUGGACUGAGAUCUGGAUGCCUGGUCAGCCUAUCUCCCCAGCUCCAUUCUUCACAGUGCUGGGUGACCUUGGGGAAGUCCUAGCCCUCUCUGGGACUGUGUUUCUCUGCUUGUGCCCUAGAGGAAAGGAGGCUCCCCCUUCCCUUUCUAGGAGUGGGGGUAGGAUUCCAGCUGGUGAUAGGAUUUGACCUGGCUGCCUGACCCGAGGCUGGGGUGACCUCUGAAACCUGUGAUUUCUGAGGAUGAGGCAGGGUUUCAACACCCCCUCAUCCCCCCCUGCCCCAGUGAUGGGGGCAGUCUAUCCAGUUUUGGGAUGGGAGAUUAUCCUAGAAACUGACAUAGGUCUAGAACAUGGGUUUUUAACUUCUGUGUAAGAGUCUGAGGGAAGGCCCAGGCCUGCCCCCCACGACAUUCACUGCCUGCUGAGCGGCUCUGCUCCAGAAGCCCUGUUACUCCUUCUCUAUCAUCAGCGGUGGGUUUGUGCCAGCAUUAGGUUGAGCAUUUGUUGAUUCCUCCCAGCAACUCCAGGCGGCAGGCUGUUAAUGCCCCCAGUCCGCAUGUAAGUAAGUUGAAACUACCCAAGGUUACCCCAACGCUUGACACCACCUCAGUCGAGACCACCACCUGUUUAAAAUGGGGGUGGGGGAAGAGGAUCUGGGAGAGGAUCCCCUACUCCUCCAAACAGGAGCUCAGGAUUAAUUCCGUAAACCUGUUCGUUGCUUGUCUUUCUUAGCUGGGGGCCAGGAGAAGGGGGAGGGACAGGGGAUGGGAUCUGAGGGAAAGGGGGUACGCUGAGUGCCUGGACCCCUUGGGCUGUCCCCAACUCUGCAGUCACCUUACCCUCUCUGGGCCAACCUGCAGGGGUUCAUUCCUGCUCUUGAGCCCACUGGCCAAGACUUGUGGGAAUCAGCCCAAAUCUUAUUGGCUGUCAUCGGUAUUCUUAGCUUUAUUGUUAUUGUCGUUAACAGUUGAACUGUUAUUUCAAGGUAUAAAAUAUACCUUGAAAUAUAAAAAUGGUGGUCUUCGGACUUCCCUGGCAGUACAGUGGUUAAGACUGCGCGCUUCCACGGCAGAAUGCACGGGUUUGAUCCCUGGUCAGGGAACUAAGAUCCUGCAUGUUGGUGGCGCGGCCAAAAAAAAAAAAAAAAAGACAUGGUGGUCUCACCAAAGUUGGCUUCUUAUUCUUGAGCCAUGGUUGUUUAUCUCCCUGGAGGCUGGGGUGGGGUGACAGAUAACCUCCCGUUUGCUGUGUUCCUCUACCUGCAUUCCUCCCCCACCGUCUGGGAGCAGCCAGGAUGAAAUGAAACCAGGUUGUCAGUGCUCUUUCAUUCAGUCUGGCAAAAUCGUGAGUAUUGGUUUUCAAUAGACGAAAAUCCCUCCCCUGGCGGGGUUUACAUUCUACUGAGGAGACAAACAAGUAGCAAGAUAAAGUAAAAUAUAUAGUAUGUUAGAUGUGGACAAGAGCUCUGCAGAUAAAGUAAGCACAGUUAGGGGAAAGGGAGUGCUUUGGGGGAGUAGAUGUAAUUUUAAGUAAGAUGGUCAGAGAAGGUGCUGGAGCCAGCCUCUCAGAUACCUGGGGAAAGAACUUUCCAAGCAGGGCUUACGCACAUAUUUGCUAUUAAUCAGGUUAAAUUCCGUAAUGAUAGCCUCCAUGUGGCACAGAACUAGUGCUAAAGAGGGAGGGAGGGAGGAGCUUGUUCCUGCAGGCAUGUGUAACACAGCCAGACGUGUUCAGAGAGCUCCCAGUGGGUGGGUGUGCAGGAGGGCCAGGGGGAGUGGGAAUGGGGGAUAGGGCUGGUCAUGGUGUCUGGGCCCCAGGGAGCCACUGAAGGAGGCUUCCAGCAAGGUUUUAGGUGUUCAGAUGUGUGGGAUAGAAACUUGCAGCAGUUGGGAGUGACGGGGUGGGCGCGGGGGUUGCUGGAGUCCUGGCCGUGGUGGGGAUGGGUUGGAAGGGUGGUCAGAAGGCGUGAGCUUACAGACCUGGGGGUGAGCAAAUGUGGCAGGAGGUGUGGUGAGGGGAGGAAGGAGAGCUGAGGCCACGAGGUGGCGCUGGGGCUGCAGCCACCGACCCGGGGAACAUGUGGAGGGAGGUGGAGAGCAGGUGUGGGGGAAGAUGCGGAUCCUCUGGGACCUGCUAGCAGUGAGGUACCUGGGCAGCACCUGGUGGAAACCCCAGCCCCCAGCUUAUGACCCAGACCUCCGCCUCUUUCCUUCCACAGGCUGCAGCCACAUGUGGUCUCUUCUUAUGCGGAAAGUGAGGCCCAGCAAGGACUGUGACUUGGCACGAGUGCAUGAGGCCAGUAGUGAGCUGAGCCUGAAACCCAGCACCUGCCCUAAAGGGUUCAACUGCUGUGGUAACAGCUGCUGCCAAGAGUACCAGCCAGAGCAGUUCCAGCUCUUCUCUGGCCCCUUGAGGAUCUUUGUCGUCGUCUUUCUGAUCAUCAUGCCCCUCUUGUGCCUCUGUGGCCUGGCUAAGCGCUUCUGUCGCAACUGCAGAAAGUCGGAGCGGGACCCCCCAAUGGAUCAUGAGGGGCCCCCAGAACGGCCCCCCAUUACUCCCACAGAGAGGGUCACAGCAUCCAUUUGUGAGCCCCCACCCCCCUACAGCGAGAUUAUCCUGAAGGCCGUCGUGGGUCUGCCUCCCGUGGAGCCACCCCCUCCCUACAGCUUCAGGCCUGAAGAACACGCCGGGGUGCGCAGCUGCAUCGACAGCCCCACCUUCUGAGCCACCUCCUGCCUGGAACCUUGUCAUCAGCCACCUGCUCCCCAGGGCCUCCUGGGUCAAGCCAGAGACUCGCCCCCGCCCGUCGUGCCAGACCUCGGGCCAUUCUUGGCUUUAACUUAUUGCUUUUCCUACCCCGGUUCCACGCCAGUUGCUUCUCUUGUCCCAAGGGCUGGUCUGGAGUGACAUGUCCACCCCUCCCUCACCCGCCAUUGCAAGGUAGAGGCUGCCUGGAGGAAAACGUGAACAGUUGGAGGUGCCCAGCGGUGGAACGAGGUGCUCUGAGAGUGGAGGGAGCUGCGCUCUGGCGGUUUGAGUGUGGACUGGACAGCCAGCUCUGAGAUGUUUUGGAGGGCGCUGAUGCACUCUGGGAGACAGGACUGCCUGAGCUCUACCUGGGCUCUGCCUUCCAUUCUACCUGACUAGAGAAGACCCCAUUGUACACUCCCCUCCCCUGCAACAUGAGUUCUCACUAAAUCUGA